GUAUAGUCUUCGGGAAUUAAGUACCCUGGAGAGAACGGCGACCUAGAAGUGUUUGUAGUAUUUAUACUUUGUAAAAGGUAGUGAUACCGAUGUCGCUUUGCAAUAUGGUGAAAGUAUUGGUGGUAGGUGCAGGAAUGACUGGUGCCUCAGCUGCAGCUCUUCUACGACAACGACUACCUACGGACUCCAGUAUAACGGUCUGGGACAAAGCUAGAGGGGCAGGUGGGCGGAUGUCAACCAGUCGUAGCUCAUCAGAUGACAAGUGUACGGUUGAUCUUGGAGCACAAUACAUAACGCUGAUUGAACAGUAUCAGGCUAGAAGACAAGAAUUGUAUUUAAAUCUUGUACAAAAAGGCAUUCUAGCACCGAUGACUGGCAAUGUUGAAGGGCCAAAUCGUUUUGAUGAGAAAGGGGCAAAGCACUACGUCACACCACAAGGAAUAGGUUCCCUAGUUAAGCAUUUUUUAAACCAAGCAGAGGCUAAGGUGGAAUACAACCGUCAGGUGGUGAGUGUUGAUGUGGAUGGCAAAGACACAGUGAGAGUGGCUGACAUCAGUGGGAAUGCUGAGAGUUUCCAGGCUGUGGUGCUGACUAUGCCAGUUCCUCAGAUACUGCAGUUGAGAGGAUCCAUUCAGAAAGCCUUAGAUGCAGACAGGCCAGUCUGGGAUCGGCUGUUAGGUGUGACAUACUCAUCACGUUACGCCCUUGGCCUGUUUUAUCCAGCUGGUACCGAACUACCUUAUCAGUGGUGCUCCAAGUAUAUAUCUGAUGAUCCUUGCAUCCGAUAUGUUGCAGUGGAUAACAAAAAGCGCAAUUUAGAGGACAAAACUGUCGGUCCCUCGGUAUGUGUUCACACUCAUGUCCAGUUUGGCCUUCAGCACAUAGAACAGGACAAGGAGCAAGUGAAGAAACUUAUACUUCAACACUUACGUGCACGUUUGCCAGAGCUGCCAGAGCCUACAGAAGUUAAAAGUCAGAAGUGGAGAUAUUCACAGGUGUAUCGUGGUUAUCCUGGCAGGCCAGGUUGUGUGACAUUGCAGCGAGAGCCUUUGAUAGUGCUGGGUGGUGAUGCCUUCUCUCUGUCUUCAUUUGAUGGUUGCUUAGACUCUGCUGAAGCUGUUGCCAGUGCAGUUACAAAUUAUUUAAAAUUGUAGCAGUAAAGUUUAUGUGAUAUUGUCUUGCCAGUGGAUUUAUAGAUCACUUCAAGCUGUAGCUACAUGGGAAAAUGUCAGAGCUACUAUUCAAACUGUUGGUGUUAUAAGGUCAUGCUGUAGUCAGUUAUUUAAGCAAACAGAUAGUGGGAGAUGGUGUGUAUUAAGAGAAUGAGGACUUACAGACCACAAAGACAGAAAAAUUAGCUUGGAGCGUUAUGUUCAAAAACUUUACCAUCUGUCAUUUUUUUUUUAAACUAAAGGGCUAUCCUGAGGCUAAAAGAUCAAGCAUUAAAGAUGACCCACUUAAGCACGAUGUCUACCUCUAAAUCACAUAAAUCUGCAUAAAAAUCAUGCAGUUUCUAAACUGGUGAGAAGACCAUCCACACUGGUUGUAAAGGUGGGGGUAAAAUAGAGACAUCAGGACAAAUGAUAAUAUGUGUUUACUUUCAGCAAGACUUCCUCAUUUAAUGAUAUAAAAAAUGACCGACUUUGGCAGGAUGUAGCCAUAACUGAUCACAGUUCCUGACCAAUAUUUUGUGCAAGCAUAACCAGAAGAUAAUAUGCAUGCUGUAUUUUAUGAAUACACACAGACUAGUUCUGUUCAUUUUUUGCUUUGAAACGGCUACUUACUGCAUUGAAAAAGUUUAGAUAUUGGGAUGGAGAGUUUAAAUAAUCACGUUUUUUUUUUUCGUUUGCUUACUUUUAAAUUAAAAGCAGAAGAUUGCUGCUAGUAUAUUCAUGGAAAGCUAAAGAAAGCAAUUCCUUAAUCAUUGAAAAAGUAGGCAGAAAAUAAGCAAAGCUUUUGUAUUUCAAGGCUGCUGUGUCUAAAAGCAUGUAAGACAACAACCAAAAAUUCAUAAUUACCUGCUCAAAUUGUGUUAUAUCAAUCUUGUGGGAGCACAAGCAUGAACUGUAAUGUGACAGUAUUGAACAUGUACAAAAGUGUAUUGCUGCGUUAAUAGAAAAAAUAGUGUAAAUAGAGACUAGCUGAGGUUCUGUAUUGUGAUGUAAGAAAUUUGACCUGUAUUAUUGAUAGGGUAACAAAAAUGCAUUGCUACCUUGGUUGCUGUGCUGAUGUGAUUCAUCUUUAAAAUUGAGAAAGAAAAUAUGAUAAAAUUGUAUGCUAGUAUUCUGUGUUAUGAUUUUGAAGAAAGAUUGGAAAGAAGCUUGACAAUGCAAACUAAAAUAAAUUUUGAUAUCUGUG